UGGAAGGGCAGGCAGCGGCUGGCAGGGAAGUGAAGUUCUGCCCCUCAUUUCUUCCUGCAAACGCUGUGCUUGGCAGGGAGCAUCCGUCCUCGCUGCGCCUCCGGCCAAGCCUGGUGUCACGGUGCCGUGCCUUGCAGCUUCUUGCCGCAGAUGUCGGUGACGUUCGAGGACGUGGCCAUCUACUUCUGCCCCGAGGAGUGGGCCGAGCUGGCGGGCUGGCAGCGGCGGCUCUACCGGGAGGUGAUGCUGGAGAACUACCAGGCGGUGGCCUGGCUGGGCUGGUGCGCCGUCAAGCCGGAGAUCAUCUGCAAGAUGGAGCGAGAAGAGACGCCGUGUGUGCCAGAGUGCCCUGGGGCGCGGCGGAGGCACCGCAGCCCUGAGCCAGCAGACGGUGACGUCCCGAUGCGGAGGGAGGAUGGGGAGGUCCCCGGGGGGCUGCCAGACCCCACCACCCUGCUCCCGGGGAUGCCUGAGCAGGAUGGGAGGCAGUGGCAGGUCCUCCCAGCAAAGCUACUGCUGGCCCAGCCUCUCCAUGGCCCUGCAGCCCCCAACAGACGCCACACCUGCACCGAGAGUGCGAAGAGCUUCCGCAAGAGCCAGGACCAGAAGAAGCUCCAGCAGAUGCACGUGGCAGCACGGCCCUUCUGCUGCCGGCAGUGCAGCCGCCGCUUUCGGCUGAAGCAGUUCCUGGUGUCCCACCAGAAGUUGCACGGUGGGGAGAAGCCCUUCAGCUGUGCCGACUGUGGCAAGUGCUUUGCUCAGAAGCAUCACCUGCUGAUCCAUCGGCGCAUACACACCGGCGAGAAGCCCUUCACCUGCAGCCACUGCGGCCACCACUUCAGGCAGAAGUACCACCUGGUCCGCCACCAGAGCAUCCACACCGGGGAGCGCCCCUUCAUCUGUUCCCACUGCCCCAUGACCUUCAGGCAAAAGACGGCUCUCACCAUCCACCAACGGGUGCACACCGGGGAGCGCCCCUUUGCCUGCUCCCAUUGCCCCAUGGCCUUCAGGGCCAAGAAGACCCUGACUGUCCACCAGCGGGUCCACACUGGGGAGCGCCCCUUUGCCUGCACCCACUGCCCCAAGGUCUUCAAGAGCCAGACGGCUCUCACUGUCCACCAGAGCAUCCACACCGGGGAGCGUCCCUUCGCCUGUGACCGCUGCCCCAAGGCAUUCAGGGAGAAGAACACCCUCACCGUUCACCAGCGGGUCCACACUGGGGAGCGCCCCUUUGCUUGCGCUCGCUGCCCCAAGUCGUUCAAGGACAAGAGGGGCCUCACCGAGCACCAGCAGGUCCACACCGAAGAGCGACCCUUCACCUGCACCCACUGCCCCAAGGCCUUCAGGCACAAACAGUCCCUCGCCGUCCACCAGCGGGUCCACAGCGAGGAACGCCCCUUCUCCUGCGACAGCUGUCCCAAGGCCUUCAAAGACAAGAAGGCCCUCACCAUCCACCAGCGGGUGCACACUGGGGAGCGCCCCUUCACCUGCGCCCGCUGCCCCAAGGCCUUCAAGGACAAGAAGACCCUCACUGACCACCAGCGGGUCCACACCAGGGAGCGCCCUUUUGCCUGCACUUACUGUCCUGAGGCCUUCAGCAACCAGUCGGCCCUCAUCAUCCACGAGAGCAUCCACACUGGGGAGCGCCCCUUCGCCUGCACCCACUGUCCCAAGGCCUUCAAGGACAAGAGGACCCUCACCGGCCACCAACGCAUCCACUCUGGGGAGCGCCCCUUUGCCUGCCCCCACUGCCCCAAGGCCUUCAGGAACAAGACGGCCCUCACCGUCCACCAGCGGGUUCACACUGGGGAGCGCCCGUUCGCCUGUGCCUACUGCCCCAAGGCCUUCAAGCAGAAGCAUGCCCUCACCAGACACCAGCGGGUCCACAUUGGGGAGUGCCCCUUCGCCUGCAACCACUGCCCCAAGGCCUUCAAGGACAAGUUGACCCUCACCAAACACCAGUGGGUCCAUACUGGGGACCACCCUUUCUCCCGUGACUGCUGCCCCAAGGCCUUCAUGGACAAGAAGAUCCUCGCCACCCACCAGAGGAUGCACAGUGAAGAGCACCCAUUCUCCUGUGCCCACUGCCCCAAGCCCUUCAGCGACAAGCAGGCCCUCACCAUCCACCAGCAGGUCCACACCGGGGAGAAGCCCUACAAGUGCAGUGCGUGCAGCAAGACCUACAGCCAGAAGCAUCACCUGAAUUGCCACCAGAGGAUGCACCGGGAUCUGCCGGUGGUGCCAGAGUGUGACCCGCCGGAGGAGGUGCAUCUGUCCCUCGUGUGAGGGCGAGC